GAUCCAUUGUUUAGAUUUAAAAGAAAAAUCACUAUAAAUAAACUUUAUUAACUUUCUCUCGGAAAAAAGAAAAAGAAGAACUUUAAAUAACAGCCAAAUACUAUAUGUAUUGAGGAAUAAAAGCAAGAUGGGCACGAAAACCCUAUUUUAAAAAAAUUAGGUUAUAGAAAAAUAUCAAAUUAAAAAUUAGGUUAUCAAAAUUAAUCCUUCUCCCUGGAAUUAUCUUGUUUUUCUCUGUUAAUGCAUACAGCCUUAUUGUCCAGAAUCGCAUUAAACAAUAUCGGAGAGUAGCAUAUCGGCCUUCUGCGCAUGUCAGGGCAAUGAAGCAAUCAAAGGAUCCAUUCGAGGCAGCAUAUGAGGAACAAGAAGAAACGCCACCGGAGUCUCCGCUUGGGGCUGAUGAGUUAUUAGAUUCUCAAACAGCAGCAACUACUGCUCAGGACCCAGAUGCUGCUGUUCUGCAAGAAGAUGAUGACAUUGGAAGCAGUGGUGGCGGCGUCAAUUCUACUGAUCCCGUUUCUACUGCUACUAGUACCACUACUACACCUAUGUUGAUGGGUUCUGCUGCUGCUAAUGCUACCAAUAAGGCUAAGAGCAGAGAAGAGUUUGAUGAGGAGGAGGAGGAAAAUGUGGAUGUUGAACUCGCUAAGUUCCCUUCUACUGCCGACCCUGAUAAAAUGGCCAAGAUGCAGGCUAUUUUAUCACAGUUCACUGAAAAUCAGAUGACCAGGUAUGAAUCAUUUCGACGAUCUGCUCUCCAGAAGGCUAACAUGAGAAGGUUGUUAGUGAGCAUCACUGGAUCCCAGAAAAUUUCUUUGCCAAUGACAAUCGUAGUUUGUGGAAUAGCAAAAAUGUUUGUAGGUGAACUUGUUGAAACAGCUAGAAUAGUAAUGACAGAAAGGAAGGAAUCUGGGCCAAUCAGACCUUGCCACAUAAGAGAAGCUUAUAGAAGACUAAAGCUUGAGGGCAAAGUACCAAAGAGAUCAGUGCCAAGGCUCUUCCGAUAGAUAUACCUAUAUUGACACUUCUUGUUGUCGGAUUACAAGCUCUUGUGAUGCAUAGUUUUCCCGUGAGACAGUGCUAUUGGCACACCCUAUAACUAAUACAUGAACACUUCGACAGAUAAACAGAGAGGUGGAUUACUUGGUUCCCAUGUACCAUUUUGAUGAAUAUCAUUGGACAUUGUACCAUAUUAUAAGAGUAUAACUGCUCUUUAUGUACUCGUCGAGAUUUGAACUUCAAGAAAUGAAAUGUUGGAUCCUCUCUGCACCAAAGAGAUUUAGCUGGAAUUUAUUAUGUCAAAGCGCACUGCUCGCGGCUUAAUGAGUAGCAAGAAAUGUUCCUACAGCCUAAAGAGGUGCUUAGCUUCCCCCUAGCUUUUCAAAUUCAAAAUAGAAGAUCUACUUGAUUGAGGAUAGUUCCCAAUUUGUUAACAUAACAAAACAUGCUUUUUUUUUUUAGUUUUUUUCUUAUGAUGUUUGAAGAAAGUAUUAAGGAUUGAAUUCAUGAUCUCUUACACUAUGAGGCAAGUAUUUGAUCA